AUGACAUUUAUUUUUUGGAAAACCAGGAUUGCAUUAUAUGCUCUGGUGGUAAUAAUAUCAAUAGGCCCAAUAAGCGGAAUCGAAUUCGAUAUGCAAGAACCACAUUACCCUCCGUAUGUAGAUGUUUUUCAAGGAACACUCAGUGGUGGAGGGACCUAUGAAAUGCUCCACUUGAAAAAUCCAUUAAUCACCGUUAUUACUUCUGGCAUUCAAAUCGUGUGUUGUGCACAAAUUGGACAAGCCAAACCUACAAAUAUCUAUAUACAAAAAUUUCAGCGUGAUGGUCGUGAAAUCGCUACAAUUAGCAGGGUUUACCAGUCAAAUAAUGCAUCGUUGGUAACAAAAACUUAUGCAAAAGAAGGAAACAAAUACAUAUUUAUUAAUCGAGAAAGUAGACACAGCUUUGUAGCAGGGCCUAUAUUUAUAACUCUCGAUCUGGAUGCGAAAACGGCACAUCCUUUUAUCGCCUUGGAACGAGUGAAGGGUCAUGAGGCACGUACCAUCUGGUCCAUUGUACUACGUUCACAUGGGUACAAUGGAAAAAACAUAAUUGGCCGGAUGAGGUCGAAAAAUGAAUUUUUUCUUAUCUCACCUGUACUCAAUAUAGAUAAAGAACCUCGUGAUACCAACAGCCCUCCACCAUCACUCAGUUCAUAUAGCAUUAAAAUUGAUAUUACUGAUACACGUCAUUCCAUCAAUUUGUACAUACUUCAGGAUAAAUCAACAGCAUUACAAAGGGCAGGUAUACCGCCCACUGAAAAUGGCAUAUUCAGACCACGAAAUAUAUUGAAACAUUUCUACAAAUUGUCCUUCCACCAAAUGCCACAUACCUCCCCAAGACCGAAUAUACUUAUUAUAGAUAUAUCCAAAAUUGUGACCGAAGUGCCAGAUAUAGUUAUUAUGGCGAACCUAAGAAGGGGAUGUUGGCUCUACACUCAACACAGCUUCGUGUCAUCAGUAGACCUUACACGCACGCUUGUUAAGGUCAUGAAUUCAGCGAGCUGCGAAAUAUACCAAGUAACAGAUGAUGCAAUCGUGACACAUGUGGAACUCUUCACUCAUGUCAAACAUGGGUGGCAAUAUGUUGUAAUAAAUGUUAAGCAAUGGGUAAAAACGCAUAUAAAGGAUGCACGAAUAGUUUACAAACGCAUAGACGGAGAAAAAAAGUUAACCUACUUCAAUCUAAAUAACUUCUGGGUACAACCGUAUAUAGAUAUGCUAUAUAACAUUAAUACACUCUCGACAGAGUGCCCUGACCGCGGUGGCAAUGAUGUUAUGAUGGACGCAACAUUUGAUGUUUAUUGGGGACACUAA